CAGACGUUCACCAGCUGACGAAGUAGUACCCGAAACGGUGAUAUUUGACGGUUAGUGUUACGGGCGAGUUUUAACGGAAAGUUCGAUAGAAAUCCGUGUUUUUGAGUGAAUAAAAGGAUAUUUUUGAAACGAAAAUAUUUUGAUUUACGUCCAUUUUUGUAGGUGAAAGUUUGUAGAGAGAAAACCGUUGACGACGAUACACUUAUAAUUUUCACGCAACAUCCAUUAAUUCUUCAAUAAAUAAGAAAACAACGAUAAUCUAGAGCUAGACUAAAUUGAAGUGACUAAUACACCGUGUAGAGUAAACAUAACUGUUAAUUGUUGACGACCUAUCUACUAAAAGAUGAAAUAUUCUUGAGGAAUACUUUCGAAAAAUGACGGUUUCCAUGGAGAGAAAAGGACACAGGAAGAGCUCUUGGGACUCGAAGACUUCUGUUAGCUCGAUUGGAUCAGGUUCACGACAUUACAGAAGAUCUCCCAGUUCAAUAAUUUCAUCAGAUUCUGACAUUAGGUUCACUAGAAAAAAAUUAACUUCCCAAUACAGAUGCGGAUGUUACAUCAUUGCCAUAUUUCUGCUAUUUCUUCUUCUAGCUGCAGUAGGCGUUUAUUUAGGUUAUACAUUUUUUGUUCCAAAAACUCCAGAAGAACAAGUAUUCAGAGCAACAUUUCGUGUUGUAAAAGGAGAUACUUUUAAUACCGAUUUAACAGAUCCUAGUACAAAUAAAUUUAAAAAUAGAUCUCGUGAUUAUAGAGAAAGACUGAAUCUUCUCUUUAGAAGAAGUUCCAUUAGGCACGGAUAUAUGGGCACUGAAGUACUAGCUUUAGAUGGAACUGAAGAUAAAGACUUGAUAGUACAUUUCAAUAUUCAUAUAGAUCCGUAUUACGUCGACAUUAGAGCAAAAGACUUAAAAGAUAUUAUUGCUAAAGAAAUAUCGAUAUCCGAAUCUGUAUUUUUCAAGAAUCUCACCAUUGACGCCAAAAGUUUGGACGUAAAACCUGAAAAUGAGCUACCGCAAGUUACUUCUACGACUUUGCUAAUGAUUACCGAUGCAGUAACAAAGAAACCAAAACCACCUAGAAGAUGUCUUCCUCUUGAAUUAGAUUAUUGCAAAAAAUUAGGUUAUAACGUGACUACGUAUCCAAAUAUAUUCAACCAUUGGAGUAUUAACGAUGUGAAAAAUGAUGUUAUAGCGUUUAGAGAGCUGGUUGAUGCAGAAUGUUAUAGACAUGCGUAUGAAUUCGUGUGCCAAGUACUUCAGCCAUCUUGUAAAAAAGGAGAUACGGAGGACGAAAUGAUCUUACCAUGUAGAAGUUUUUGCAGAGAUUUUAUGGCAGGUUGUGGAAAGAGACUGGAACAUGACAAAAUUAAAGAAUCUUUAGACUGCGCGAAAUUUCCCGAAUACGGCCAAAGGGUUUGUUUCACUAAACCAGGCUGUGUGGAAGAAUUGCAAUCCAAAGCUUUUUCGCCACGUAUUUGUGAUGGAGUGAUAGAUUGCCAAGACAUGUCUGAUGAAAAAUCUUGUAGUUAUUGCCCAAAAAAUCAUCUCCAUUGCGGAAAUGGACGUGUCUGUAUUCACAAAUCAAAAAGAUGCGAUGGGCGUCCUGAUUGUCCCGACGGAAGUGAUGAGAGAGGCUGCUUGAGUCUGGCCCCUAGCGUGGAAAUAAUCAAGAAUACAGAGUUAGUGACACCACAUCCUACACGAUAUUACUCCGAUGGAUUCUUGAUAUUCAACGAAAAGGGAGAAAUUGGAAAAUUGUGUACAGAAAAUAUCAACAAAAGUCUUCCUCUCAAUCAGACGAUAGCUGUUUUAGAAGCUGCAGCAAUGUCACUUUGUAAAACAUUGAAUUAUGAAAACAUGGCACAUAUGAGAAUUGAAUUUGAUUUUGAAGAGAAUGUGUCUUACGUUAGAAUGAGGAAUCCCACUGCUGCCGAAAUUAGUUUCGUUAAAACCAAAUGUCCCUCUAAGCAAGUUUUAAAAGUAUCAUGUUCAGAUUUGCAAUGCGGCACAUCAGCCACUCAUGGACAACAGGGACUUAAAUCACUUGCAAAAAUGGCUCAGCAUGGGGAUUGGCCAUGGCAUACAGCUCUUUUUAAAGAAGAUGUUCACAUAUGUGAUGGCACAUUGCUCUCUGCUGAUUGGGUGGUUACCACUACUUCGUGUUUUCAAGGACAACCUAGAGCGGAAUGGACUGCCAGGUUUGGAGUUACUCGUCUCUCCAGCUCUACGCCUUGGGAACAGGAAAGGAGAAUUAUAGGAAUGAUAAAAUCACCAGUAGAAGGCAGUACAAUUGCUCUUAUUAAACUAGAUCAACCUAUAAUCCUCAAUGAUUUUGUAAGGCACGUAUGUUUGCCUACGGAAACUAUGGGCCUUCCAACAGAACAUAUUCAAUGUAAUACACUUGGAUGGGCAAGGAAUAGAGAACAGCUUCAACGAGUCCAAGUGAAAUUAGUGGAUAAAGAAAAAUGUGAAAACGUCAGUAUUUCUAGCAUCAACAGUAUAUGCAUGGAACCGUUUUAUGGAGAGAAUGAUUGCAAUGAAGAAGAAUUUGCCGGAAGUCCUUUGGUCUGUCGAUAUGAUGAGAAAUGGGUUUUAACCGGGAUAACAAACUGGAGAAUAGCUUGUGCCAAAAACGGUAUAGAACGACCCAGGGCUUAUGAUAAAAUUUCUUCUAAUCUGAAAUGGAUACAAGAAAGUAUAAAUGAUCAAGUACGAUAAUAAAAUAACAGAUGAGUGAUUAGUGUAGUUUUAAAAAAGCCAUUAAUACAUAAAGAAAAUGUAUAAAUUUAUCAAAAUUGUUGUUUCUCAUGAUAUAAUUUUUGAAUUGUUUCGAUGUUGUAGCAAACUUUAAAAAAAUUUGACUGAAUUUUCAUAUUCUGAAUUCGAUUAUAGUUUAUAUCUCAUUGUAAUUGUUCUUCUCAUGAUGAAUAAUAAAAUUUAAAUCUGGGUUUUUAAUAUAACUCUUCCAUAUUUUUUGAUAAGUUUUUGUAAAUAUGUUGUUUAUGUAUAAUUGUAGAUAUCACUAAAAAUAGGUACUGUUUUUGUGGUUUUGUAUAUAAUUUUAAUAAAUAAAACACUGUUUUUACUAA